ACUUAUAUGGUUUUGGAAGAGACUGAUUAAACCCAAACCCAAAUUAAUAGAAAUUUUUCAAGUUUGCAACAAAAGCAAAUGGAGUCAACGCCGGGAAAAUUAUACUUUGGAAAAUCUCUGUUAGUUCCAAGUGUUCAAGAGCUUGCCAAACAGAUUCCGGCUAGGUAUGUCCACCCAGAGCAAGAAACUCCAGUCAUAUCCACCGGAGCGUCGGUUCCAGUUCUCGAUCUUCAAAAGUUGAUAUCAGGGGAUUCCAUGGAUUCUGAGCUUCACUCUGCUUGCCAACAAUGGGGUUUCCUCCAGGUUAUAAACCAUGGAGUGACACCUUCGUUACUGGAGGACUUCAAGAGAGAGGUUAUUGAAUUGUUUAGUCUUCCAAUGGAAGAAAAGAAGAAACUAUGGCAACAGGAAGACAGCUUGGAAGGUUUUGGGAAUGCAUUUGUUGUAUCAGAGGAUCAGAAGCUUGAUUGGAGUGAUAUGUUUGGAAUAAUGACUCUUCCUCCUCGUAUCCGCAAAGUGGACUUGUUUCAGAAUUUGCCCUCGAAUCUCAGGGACAUCUUGGAAGCAUACUGCAAAGAAAUCAAGAGCGUAGCAAUGAUUAUUGUAUGUCAAUUGGCAAAGGCUUUAAGGAUGGCUGAAAAAGAAACGCGAGAUCUAUUCAGUGAUGGUAUGCAGUCAAUGAGGAUGAAUUAUUAUCCGCCUUGUCCCGAGCCAGACAGGGCAAUUGGCUUAAGCUCUCAUUCUGAUCCUGGUGUCCUCACCAUCCUUUUCCAGCUGAACGAAACUGAAGGUCUCCAAGUCCAAAAAGACGAUAUUUGGGUGCCCAUAAAGCCCCUCCCAAACGCUUUGAUUGUGAAUGUUGGGGACAUGAUGGAGAUAUUGAGCAAUGGUGUGUAUAGGAGCAUUGAGCACAGAGCAAUUGUAAACUCAAACGAAGAACUGCUCUCUGUUGCGACAUUCUAUUCUUCAAGGGAUGCAUUGGAACAAUACUCAACAGCUCUGAAGGAACUUGCUAUGAAACUUCUGUACGUAAUGGCAAGAGCUUUAGGGAUGAAAGCAGAGGAUAUGAAUGUACUAUUUGAACAAGACGGGACACAAAUGAUGAGAAUAAAUUAUUAUCCUCCUUGUCCUCAACCAGAGCGAGUAAUGGGGUUCUGCCAUCACACUGAUUCUGUUGGUUUAACCAUACUCCUUCAGGUUAAUGAAACUGAAGGUCUUCAAAUUAAGAAAGAUGGUGCUUGGAUUCCGGUUCCAUAUCGUCCUGAUGCCUUUGUUGUUAACAUUGGAGACAUUUUAGAGAUUGUGACAAAUGGAAUUUACAAGAGCAUUGAACAUCGAGCCAUCGUUAAUGAGGACAAGGAGAGGAUCUCUAUUGCUACAUUUCUGAGCCCUAAAUUGAAUGGAGAUUUAGCCAAAGAAUGGGGUUUCUUUCAGUUGAUUAAUCACGGAGUUAAUUCUUUAUUGGUGGAGAAGAUGAAAAACGAGAUUAAAGAAUUAUUCAAUCUUCCAUUGGAAGAGAAGAAGAAAUUUGAACAAUCGUCAGGGGAAUUAGAUGGAUUUGGACAACACUUUGUUGUCUCUGAUGAACAAAAGCUUGAUUGGGCUGACCUCUUUUACUUGAAGACUGCACCUCCAUACUUGCGGAUGCCUAUAUUUUCCAAGCUUCCCCUUUCACUUAGAGAGACAAUUGAAGAGUACUCAGAAGAAGCAAAGGAGCUAAGCAUCAAAGUUUUGAAAAUGUUGGGUAAAGCUUUGGGGAUUGAUGAAGAAGAAGUGAAGAGUCUUUUCGAAGAAGGAAUGCAAUCAAUGAGGAUGAAUUAUUAUCCACCAUGUCCACAACCAGAAAAAGUGAUGGGACUUGCUCCUCAUUCAGAUGCAACAGGCCUUACAAUACUUCUUCAAGUCAAUGAUAUUCAAGGUCUUCAAAUUAAAAAAGACGAAAUUUGGAUUUCCAUUUUACCUCUUCCUAGAGCUUUCAUAGUCAAUGUUGGAGAUGUUUUUGAGAUUUUCUCAAAUGGAAUUUACAAAAGUAUAGAGCAUAGAUCAAUGGUGAGCUCAGCAAAAGAAAGGAUUUCAGUUGCAACAUUUCAGAGUUCAAGAUUGGACGUUAUAUUAGGUCCAGCAAGUAGCCUUGUUACAGCUCAUAAUCCACCAAAAUUCAAAACAAUGGGAGCCACUGAAUUUUAUAGAGGAUAUCUCAACCGUGAACUUGUUGGGAAAUCAUAUGUGGAAGCCAUGAGAAUUAAUCACCAAUGAAGAUGAUUCAAGGAAUUAAUUAGUAGUUGCAUUAAUGGUACGUACGUAAGUAAAUCCUUUGAUUUGAAUGAAAAAGGAUUAAAACAGAAAUAAAUAACAUUGAUAUGAGUUCAUUGUUAAUAUCAUGACAUUUCGAAUAAAUAUGAUGUGCAUUAAGAUUUAAAUAUUU